AUGGGAUACGGUGAAAAAGGAGGAAGACCUCCGUUCAAAAAGUUCAAGGCCUAUUCCAAAUUCCAGGAUGAUCCUCGAAAAGGAAUCGUCGAAGACGACGAUGUAUUUGGCGGCGAUGAUGCAUACGACGAUGAUGAAGGGAAAACCAAGGAUUUUAGUAAAUUAGAGCUGAAACAGGAUCACACCAAUCGGCCUCUAUGGGCUUGUGGCAAUGGCCGCAUAUUCCUCGAGACUUUCUCGCCUUUGUACAAACAAGCUUAUGAUUUUCUCAUCGCCAUCGCUGAGCCUGUUUGCAGGCCGGAGUCUAUGCACGAGUACAACCUUACCCCACACUCUCUGUAUGCCGCUGUUUCGGUUGGUCUGGAAACUGAAACAGUUAUAAGUGUUUUGAACAAGUUAUCCAAGACCAAGCUUCCCAAAGAGAUGAUUAAAUUUAUACAUGAUUCUACUGCAAAUUAUGGCAAGGUGAAGCUUGUGCUCAAGAAGAAUCGCUACUUUAUUGAAUCUCCAUUUCCAGAGGUAUUGAAGACAUUGCUCAGGGAUGAUACUAUAUCUCGAGCAAGGAUUAUUUCAGAGAAUGUAAAUGGAGAUGGAUUUACAAUCAGCAAAGCAGCAGGUGAAAUUGAAGGCACUCAUGAUGAAUUGUUAAAUGAAGCAGAAGUGGCAGCGGUUGCAGAAGAGAAAGAAGCACAUGCAUUUGAAAUUGAUCCUUCUCAGGUUGAAAAUGUAAAGCAACGUUGCUUGCCAAAUGCUUUAAAUUAUCCCAUGUUGGAGGAGUAUGACUUCAGAAAUGAUACAGUGAACCCAGACCUUGACAUGGAACUAAAGCCUCAAGCACAACCACGGCCAUAUCAAGAGAAGAGUCUUAGUAAAAUGUUUGGAAAUGGCAGGGCAAGAUCUGGUAUAAUAGUUCUACCCUGUGGUGCUGGAAAGUCCCUUGUUGGAGUUUCUGCUGCUUGCCGGAUAAAAAAAAGCUGCCUCUGUUUAGCAACGAAUGCUGUUUCUGUAGAUCAGUGGGCUUUUCAAUUUAAACUUUGGUCAACUAUCCGAGAAGAACAUAUAUGUCGUUUCACGUCUGAUAGCAAAGAAAGAUUUCGUGGAAAUGCUGGAGUUGUUGUGACAACCUAUAAUAUGGUUGCUUUUGGUGGUAAACGGUCGGAAGAAUCUGAAAAGAUCAUUGAAGAAAUAAGAAACAGAGAAUGGGGAUUGCUGCUCAUGGAUGAGGUGCAUGUGGUACCAGCCCAUAUGUUUCGGAAAGUCAUUAGUAUCACUAAAUCUCAUUGUAAACUUGGGCUCACAGCUACACUUGUCAGAGAGGACGAAAGGAUUACAGAUCUGAACUUCCUUAUUGGUCCCAAGCUGUACGAGGCAAAUUGGUUAGAUCUAGUAAAAGGUGGAUUUAUUGCAAAUGUACAGUGUGCUGAAGUAUGGUGUCCAAUGACAAAAGAGUUUUUUGCUGAGUAUUUGAAGAAAGAGAACUCCAAGAAGAGGCAGGCACUUUAUGUGAUGAAUCCUAACAAGUUCAGAGCGUGUGAGUUUCUCAUAAAUUACCAUGAAAGGGCACGUGGUGAUAAAAUUAUUGUCUUUGCUGAUAAUCUGUUUGCUCUCACUGAGUAUGCCAUGAAACUCCGCAAACCAAUGAUAUACGGUGCUACAAGCCACGUUGAGAGGACAAAAAUUUUACAAGCAUUCAAAACUAGCAAAGAUGUAAAUACUAUAUUUCUUUCCAAGGUGGGUGACAACUCAAUCGAUAUUCCUGAAGCAAAUGUGAUAAUUCAGAUCUCUUCACAUGCUGGUUCAAGGAGACAAGAAGCCCAGCGUCUGGGUCGUAUUCUUAGGGCAAAGGGAAAGCUCCAGGAUAGGAUGGCAGGGGGUAAGGAGGAGUAUAAUGCUUUUUUUUAUUCCCUUGUCUCAACUGAUACCCAGGAGAUGUAUUACUCGACUAAGAGGCAACAAUUUUUAAUUGACCAGGGUUACAGCUUUAAGGUAAUUACAAGCUUACCUCCUUCUGAUGAAGGACCUCGUUUGAGCUAUUAUCAUCUUGAGGAUCAAUUGGCACUUCUUGGAAAGGUUUUGAGUGCCGGUGAUGAUGCAGUUGGAUUAGAACAACUGGAAGAAGAUGCAGAUGAAAUAGCUCUUCACAAUGCUCGUCGUUCUCAUGGAUCCAUGAGUGCAAUGUCAGGUGCAAAAGGGAUGGUUUAUAUGGAAUACAGUACUGGGCGUAAAGGCCAAGGACAGAUCAAGAGCAAGCCCAAAGAUCCAGCGAAGAGACACUUCUUAUUUAAAAGAAGAUAUGGCGCAACCUGA